UUUGUGAGACAGACAGGCAAAUUUCUCGUGACAUCUGUGCACGGCGCUGAGUCACUGCGGAAUAAAAACAGCGGCCACUUGUUGAACCGCCGCAGACUCACGGACCAGAACGCACACCAACGGAGACAAGUUCUGCGGGCAAUUUUUGUCUUUUAGACUUUAAACUCGGAAAAGUGUGGUUACCGUCUGUUAAGGCUUUAUCUACAGGUUGGAGCGGCUUCCCAUUCACACUGCCGCACCCAAGAUGAAAACAAAAGCGCGCCUGCUCAUUUUAUUUUUGAGUGUUUCUGGCGUCUGUGUUUUUUGGAGAGAAGUGUCACAAUACGUUCCGCCUCAGGAACAAAGAUCCUGUGCUUGUGACCGAUGUCUAUUUGAAAAUGAUACGUUGGCCAUUGAGCGUUUGAGGAAGUUUCCACAACCAUUUUUAUCCAGCAACUACAGUCUGCCAGAAGAGGAUUUCAAAUGGUGGAGGGUCAUACAGCGUGGAGGCGGUAACAUCAGUGAAUACAGACAAAAGAUGUCAAGGAUUUUUCAGCUGAUCCCAGACAACCCUCCUCUUGAAGCAUCCAUCCCCGGCCACUGCAGGACUUGUGCUGUGGUGGGAAAUUCACGUAAUUUGUUAAAAUCACAUUACGGACCUCUCAUAGAUUUCCAGGACUACGUCAUAAGAAUCAACAGGGGUCAUUCCAAAGGCUUUGAAUCCGAUGUCGGGAACAGAACAACUCAUCAUGUCAUGUACCUGGAGAGUGCUUCUCAGUUAGAUAACACCACUCGUCCGGUGCUGUUUACCUUUAAGAUGAGGGAUCUGCCAUGGAUUACGAGGGUCCUCAGCACACAACCUUCUGGAAAAAAAUCCUUAUUCAACAAGGAUUUGGCGAUGGUCGUUAACCCAGCUUUUAUGAGGAAUAUUCAUCAAGUGUGGCUGCAAAAGAAGGGCGCUUAUGCCUCCACCGGCUUCAUGGCUUUGGCUCUUGCCCUGCACAUUUGUGACGAGGUCCAUGUGUUUGGUUUUGGAGCAGACAGUGAUGGAAACUGGAGUCAUUACUGGGAAAAAGUCCCCAACAAAAAAAUAAAAACUGGAGGACAUCCUGGAAAUGUUGAGUAUGAAAUGAUCGAGGAGCUGGCAAAGCGUCAAAUACUCAAAUUCUAUACAGGGUGGUAAUGUUUGUCUCAGCAUUUCACCAGAAAAAAAAGACUAAGAAGCCUUCAAGAGACAUCACUUCUCAGAUCAACUGCUCUAACGGAACUAACGGAGACCGAACUGACUCUACAUGUGUUGUGAGUCUUUGUGUGGAUGUUGGUGUUUAAACUACACAAACUGACAUUGACCCCAAAUGGAUUCCAAUUCACUGUAGGAUCCCAGCAGGACAUGAGUUUCUCUGCUUCGUUUUUUUUUUGGUUUAUGAUCCGGCUCAAAGGCCACAACAAAUAGAGGAAACCACGCUCUACUACUACAGGUACUAUCAGAAAAGGAUGUUUAUCUACCAAAGUAAUUCAAUUGAACGGAUAUAACAAAUUUCUUUUUAACGCUUAACAACUGUGGCUGGCAAAACUUAAUGCCAGAUUAACUAAACAAACAAAACACAGCAAAGAAAAACGCCAUUGUGCUGGUGACCAGGAGAAUACAAUCCAAUCUAGAGACAGUGGCCAGCUGCCUCUGAUCUGCCUGGUGGCCUCAGCUCCACCAGGAAGUUCACCCUGUAACAAAAGACAGACAGAGACACACCCACAAAAACCCUGGCAGCCGUCCUGGGGCUGUCACAUUUUUUUAUAAUGCACCACAUAAAUAGUAGUAGUAGGGAGUUCUGGGGAUAAAAAAAUGUACCAAAGUUAAUAAAAAUAUUUCAAAGACAA